AUGUCUCCCCUACUUAGACGUGAUGUUUCGUUGAAACUGGAAGAUCGUGUUUACCGCUCCAGUGUGCUGUCAGUUGUGCUUCACGGUUGCGAAACCCUUGAUUUCCGCGUGGAAGAUAUGCGUCGCCCAGAAGUCAUCGACUAUCGUAGUUUGGCGCGGGUUGGAUGGAGCGAGCGUGUAAGCAACUCGGAGUCGUCCGAUCACAUUUUUGUCAUGUCCCAAUCAUUGGGUUCGUUGGGCGCGUUUAUUUUCGCGUUCUUAUACGUGUAUGUGUUCAACCCGGUCACUGAACCGGACAUGCCUUGGACACAAUUUUCCACGAAGACGGCUUAUCGUCAUUGUUCGCUGGAAUCGUAUCGUAAUCAGCUGUACAUGCGACCGAUACAAAGCCUGGCUUCUUGUAAUCUGGUUCACGUGAAUGCUCUGUUCCGUCAUGGCACACGAUCUCCGUCCUCAAAAGACGUGAAGAAAUACGCCACUCUUUUCGAACGUCUGUUGAACAGCCCCAGUGCCAAACUUCCCAGAGGAUUUCGUUCCCAACCGAUCCCGUUCGAAAAUCAUACGGAUAAAGGUCUUCUUGCUCGAGGCUUUGAAGAGCAUUACAAGUUGGGUCGUUUAUUCCGAUCGCGUAUGGAUAAACACUUUAAAGUUGACUUAUCCGAGGUUCAAUUCUUUACCAGUUCAAUACAACGAGCCAUAGACAGCGGUCGCUCAUUCUAUCAUGGAGUGAGUGCCUACAUGUUCAUUCGUUUUAUUAAAUCGUUAUUUGUGUUGUCAAUUAUGACGUUUAUUGGGGGACAAUCCUUGUUUCUAGUUCACACACUCACAUCAGGGCGCUGUUUUUGGUUGUGCUGGGUGCAAUACUACAGUUGUGAGGAGUCUGCCAAGCUCAAGCUGAUUUAUAUUCAGAAAUACGUGUUUGAAGUGGACCCAUUUGCUCACCAUUUACCGUACUGA